UUCAUUCCCUUUCUCCUAUAUCACCCUUUUUUGGGACGUCAACUUUCUCAGUACAAAUUAAGCUGAGUACAUAUAUAUAUAUAUAUAUAUAUAUAGGUACUCCUCAUCAUCCUGUGUCUGGCUACUAAUUAAUUAAAAAUGGGUUCUACUCGUGGUUUUGGGCUUCACAGUAGUGUUUCAAUUCUUUCAUGCAUGUAUCUCUACCUAUCACUGUCAGCUUCUACCUUGGCUUCACCCUCCCUCCAAGUAGGCUUCUACCAAUCAACUUGUCCGUCCGCUGAGGAAAUUGUAAGAAAAGCGGUAAACAAGGCUGUGUCAUAUAAUCCAGGACUAGCUGCAGGCAUAAUUAGAAUGCAUUUCCAUGACUGCUUUGUCAGGGGUUGCGAUGCUUCGGUGCUGUUAAAAUCCACACCAGGAAACCCCUCCGAAUUGGAACACCCUGCCAACAACCCAAGCUUACGAGGUUUUGAGGUGAUAGAGGAGGCCAAGGCUGAAAUAGAAGCCGUAUGCCCAAGCACUGUUUCAUGCGCAGAUAUCGUUGCUUUUGCCGCUCGAGACGUUGCUUAUAAACUCGGAAAGAUACAGUAUGAAGUCCCAGCGGGUCGCCGUGAUGGCCGAUUUUCCAGUGAAAAAGAAAUUCGAGGAAAUCUACCACCUCCAAUUUUCAAUGCUCAGCAGCUAGUAGACGCUUUUGCCCGAAAAGGUUUAUCAGCGGACGAGAUGGUGACCCUCUCUGGAGCACACUCCAUCGGCGUUUCCCACUGCUCUUCCUUCUCAAACCGACUCUACUCCUUCAAUGCAACUCAUCCCCAAGACCCUUCUAUGGAUCCUAACUACGCUGCUUUCUUGAGAACCAAGUGUCCUCCUCCGUCCCCGCCUCAGCGGACAAAUAUUGCAGCAGAUCCAACGGUGGUGCUUGAUUCUGUAACGCCUUAUCGUCUGGACAAGAAAUACUUCGUGGAGUUGAGGAAUCACCGUGGACUGUUGACUUCGGAUCAGGCAUUGACCAAUAGCCACUUGACCUCCGCGAUGGUGUUGGACAAUGCCAAACAGGGUUCUGCUUGGGCUGACAAGUUUGCAAAGGCAAUGGUCCGCAUGGGUUCCAUCGAAGUCCUCACCGGUUCUCAGGGAGAGAUUAGAAAGCUUUGCAGCAGAGUUAAUUAAUUUAAACAACACUACUACUUUGCUUUACCAUUUUAUCUCCUUUUUUUUUUUUCUUUUUUUUAAAAUUCUUUUUCGCCUUUGAUUUAAUUUGGUUCCAGCGCAAACAUUGAUUAAUGUCUUGUUUUCUUUCAUCGAUUAAGUUGUGUAUCGUUCUCUCCAUUCAAAUGUAAAUCAUUCUUUCUCAACUCUGAGAUAACAUAAUCUGCAAUUAUUCUAUUUUUAUUUUUUAAAGAAAAUAUAUAUAUGUUUAGUUUAUAAACAUAUAG